AUGAUCUGUAUCCUGCUGGUAGCUGGCCACGGCACUCUUUUAGAGACACAAAUCAAGAAUGAUGACACAGGUUUGUACAGCCACCUCACUGGAGUGCCUAAGGCCUUACUGCCCGGGACUGGAGGGAAGAAGAUCCUUGACUUCUGGUGGGAAACCGUCAACAUGCGGCAGCUGUUUACUGAAGUCUAUCUAGUUACCAAUGCAGACAAAUACAAGCAUUUUGAACGCUGGGCCACAGCUAACGACUUCCCUGUAGAAAAUGUUAUCAAUGAUGGGAGUACGACCCUAAAGAACUGUCUGGGAGCAGUGGCCGACCUGGAGCUGGUCAUACGCAGCCGGAAACUACAAGAUGACAUUAUUGUGAUAGCAGGGGACAUGCUGUGUGCAGAUCAAAACUUUGACAUCGCUCAAGUGAUCCGCUUCUUCAAGUCAAAGUCAGGAGAGCUGAUGAUCUACUAUGAACUGGAGGAGGGUGAGAAAAGCAGCUCGAGGGGCAUUGUGGAGGUCUGUCCUGACACUAACAAAAUUACACGUUUUUUGGAAAAGCCUGGGGAGGGACUGACAACGUCUCGACUGGCCAGUGUGGUGUUUUACUGUUUGCAGAAAGAGACUCUCUCGUAUCUGUCGGAGUUCCUUCUGCAGCCCCAAGGCGCUGACCGGAGCUUUGGGCAGUUUUGGGAGUGGCUUAUUAAUGAGAAGAAACAGGAUGUAUUUGGGAUGAAGCUGCCCACAGGAUUUCAAUUGAUUGGACAAGUGGGAUUAUCGGACUACACAAAAUGGCUGACACACUACUCAACUAAGCAGCAAGAUAAUCCAGCCAAGCCAAUCUCAUGCAAGUCGUAUGCCAGGGUUGGAUUAAUGGGGAAUCCUUCAGACGGCUUCAAUGGGAAAACUAUUGCAAUGACCAUUUCUAAUUUUUGGGCAGAGGUUACACUGACAGAAAGCCAGACUUUGGUCCUGGUUCCUCACCCACUCAAUGACCCCACUGAGUUUGGCAGUUUGCAGGAUCUCUUCUGCAUCAGCAGGAAAGAAGGUUAUCUCGGAGGUCUCAGGCUUUUGCAAGCAACGUGCAAGAAGUUUUAUCAAUUCUGCUCCAAACAAGGAAUUGCUUUAACAAAACAGAACUUUACCUUGAAAUAUGAUACAAAUAUUCCUCGACAAGUGGGUCUGGCUGGAAGCAGUGCCAUUGUGUCUGCUACUCUGAAGUGUCUUAUGAAGUUCUACAAUAUAACCGACGAUGAUUUGCCGAAACCUAUCAGAGCAGAUUUCAUCUUGAAUGUGGAGACAGAUGAGCUCUUCAUCACAGCGGGUCUACAGGACAGAGUGGUACAGGUCUAUGAAGGUUUGGUCUACAUGGAUUUCAGCAAGAAGCUCAUGGAUGAUCAAGGCUAUGGUAACUAUGUUUGUCUGGGCAUGAAGGACCUCCCCCAGUUCUGGUUGGCUUACCUGAGUGACCCUAGUGACUCUGGGCGCAUCCACAGCAACAUCAGACAUCGCUGGCUCAGUGGGGAGCCUCUAGUUGUGGAAGCCAUGACAACUUUUGCAGAUUUGACAGAUCAAGCAAAGAUUGCUUUAGAAACAAAAGACUGGAGUCGCUUAGCUCAAUUAAUGGAUCUAAACUUUGAGCUAAGAAGGACUGUGUACACUGAUGGCUGCUUGGGUCCUGGGAAUCUCAAAAUGGUUGCAUUAGCUCGGCAGUUUGGUUCUGCGGUGAAGUUACCUGGUAGUGGAGGAGCUGUGGUUGGCCUGUGUUUAGACCAAGCAAAAAUGAUGGAGAUGAGACAAGCGUUUCAGGAGGCUGGUUGUGUCUUCUGUGGCAUAGCCCCUUACAACCCCAGCAGCCAGCGCUGA